AUGCUGCGCACCAGGCCCCGUAGCCCCUGCGUCGACCCCGCGCCCUGCUGGUCACCUCAGACACCAGCACCCAGCCCUGCCAAGCGCCGCCGCCUCCACCAGGAGCCCGCAUGCCCAGAGCCCCUUGCUCAGCCCGAGCUGGAAGCGCCUGCCAGCAGCGCGCUCACCUCCGUGGUGUUCCUGGCCGCCGGUUCUGCCCUGCAGCUGCCCCUGGAUGGCAUCGACCUGCUAUUGGAGCCAGAGCCCACCUCGGUCCUGCAAGUGUCGCUCCAAGGACACACCAUCCUCCUGGUCCCCGAGGGACUCCAAGACUCCACCCAUUUUGGACAGCCUGUGUUGCAGGACCAAGUCCCAGAGCCUUCCACUGGAGCAGAGCGAUAUUCUCCUAGGUCCAUCUGGGAACUGGACAGCUACCUGCUGGGACCCUUCCCUGGCUCACCACUGCAGCCUCUGCCUCCAUCUCCUUCCCAGAGUCCCCAAGAGCAGCUUCCGCCACGCCCUCCAUGCUCUCCCCGGGCACCUUGCAAAGCCCGGAAGCGACUGGUCUAUGAAUGA